AAAUCCCAGUCCUCAAUUUGCAUAAGAACCUCUCAAGAAACUUCCAAGUCCUCACAACUCGACUUUUCUUGUAUUUUUCUUUCUUCUUUUAUAUCAUCUAACUUUUCUUGUAAUUGCUUUCCAAAGAACAACAACAACCCAAAAAAAAUAGGAUUGUUUUGCGAUGGAAAGACAAAAAAGCAUGGAGAAAGGGUUACUGAGGAAGAGCUUAAGCAUUAGAGAGCGAAAGUUCCCAAACGAAGACGUUUUCUUAGAAGCCGGGUUAUCGAGGAAAUCUCCGAGAGAGAUUAUUAAGAAAGCUCAAAACGACGACGGUGACUGUCGUGUUACCGCCUCUGUUUUUCUCAGCACCUUUGUUGCCGUCGCUGGCUCCUUCUGCACCGGUUGUGGCGCGGGUUUUUCAUCGGGUGCGCAAGCAGGGAUUACCAAAGAUUUAUCGCUCUCAGUUGCAGAGUACUCAAUGUUCGGGUCGAUUUUGACAUUAGGAGGCUUGAUUGGUGCAAUAUUCAGCGGUAAAGUCGCCGAUGUCUUGGGAAGAAAGCGGACUAUGUUGUUUUGCGAAGCCUUUUGCAUUACAGGCUGGCUUGCCGUAGCAUUUGCUCAGGACGCAUUGUGGCUGGAUUGUGGAAGAUUGUUACUUGGAAUCGGUGUUGGUUUAUUUAGCUACGUGAUUCCAGUCUAUAUAGCCGAAAUUGCACCAAAACAUGUCCGUGGAUCGUUUGUGUUUGCCAAUCAACUGAUGCAAAAUUGCGGCAUUGCGCUCUUCUUCAUCAUUGGCAACUUUCUUCCAUGGCGAUUAUUGGCAACAGUCGGUAUGAUUAUGUCCAGAUGUUAUAAUCUACUAAUUCAGAAAAUGACAAGAUAUAAUUUAAACCGGUCGAUUUUUAACAUUAUGUUUUGUAUGUUUCCAGGCUUCGUGCCAUGUGUGCUCCACGUUUUUUGUUUAUUUUUUAUUCCCGAGUCUCCAAGAUGGCUGGCGAAAAAAGGUCGUGAUAAAGAAUGCCGAUCUGCUUUGCAACGCCUUAGGGGAUCUGACGUGGACAUUUCUCGUGAAGCAAACAUAAUUAGAGAUACCAUUGAAAUAUCAGAGCUCGAUGGUGAAACUGGAAUGACUGAAUUGUUUCAGAGACGAUAUGCAUAUCCGUUAGUUAUCGGAGUCGGUUUAAUGUUUUUGCAACAAUUGAGCGGGAGCUCGGGUAUGACCUAUUAUGCCAGCAGCCUCUUCCAAAAAGGAGGAUUUCCAAGUGCUGUUGGCACAUCUGUAAUAGCCACGAUCAUGGUUCCGAAAGCAAUGUUGGGAACAAUUAUAGUCGAUAAAUUGGGGAGGAGAACGCUCCUAAUGGCUUCUUGUGCUGCAAUGGGCUUUAGUGCUUUGCUCUUAAGUGUUUCCUAUGGUUUCCAGUCAUUUGGAAUUCUCCCAGAUCUCACUCCCAUCUUCACUUGCAUCGGCGUAUUGGGUCACAUUGUGUCAUUUGCGAUGGGAAUGGGAGGACUACCAUGGAUUAUAAUGGCUGAGAUAUUUCCUAUGAAUGUGAAAGUGUCAGCUGGAACCUUAGUUACCGUAACUAAUUGGUUAUUUGGUUGGGUUGUCACUUAUACUUUCAAUUUCAUGCUACAAUGGAACGCAUCAGGAAUGUUCUUCAUCUUCUCAAUGGUCUCCGCCUCAUCGAUUGUAUUUAUAUACUUUUUGGUACCGGAGACAAAAGGCCGAUCACUUGAAGAAAUACAAGCAUUGCUCUCCAACUCUGUACAAUAAUAUCGUUUUGGGUAAAGUAAGCAUAUAAAUCGAUUAUUGUAAUUGACCAAAAAAAAAAAUGUAAUUGGUGUGAGUUUGAAUGAGAUUUGUGUAUGGAUCGAAUUUUGGAUGGAAAAAAGUCAACAAUCAAAUUGUAUACUGUAUUUUCCUGUUUGGGAAUAUGUAUGAUUUUAGUUAUAUGCAAAGGAGAAAUAUACUUUUUUCAAA